AUGAGUAUAAUUCCAGUCAAAACUAAAGACUCAUUCGAUAAGAUGGUGAAGGCACAGCCUCCAGAGUCUCUGGGCAAAGUUGUGUUCAAUAUAUCACAAAAUUUCAAAGUCCUCAAGAUCAUUGGAGAGGGAGCUUAUGGGAUAGUUGCGAUGGCCGUUCAUUUACCCACAAAUACCAAAGUAGCAAUAAAAAUGAUUGAACCAUUUGAAAGACCACUAUUUUGCUUGAGAACACUUCGUGAGAUUAAGUUUUUGCAAAAGUUCAACUCUCAUGAAAACAUUAUUAAGUUAUAUGAUGUUCAAAGACCAACAAACUUUAGUUCAUUUAAUGAGGUGUAUUUGAUACAAGAGUAUAUGCCAGAAGAUUUGAACCAAAUUAUUCAAACUCAUGCAUUAAGCGAUCAGCACGUGCAAUUUUUCAUGUACCAGAUACUAAAAGCUUUGAAGUUGAUCCACAGUGCCAAUGUAAUUCAUCGAGACUUGAAACCAUCAAACAUUUUGGUCAAUGAAAAUUGUGAUUUAAAACUUUGUGAUUUUGGAUUAGCAAGACUUGAUUCAGUUGGUAUACUAACGAACAAGAUUUCGUUGUUGACAGAAUAUGUAGCUACUAGAUGGUACAGAGCACCAGAAAUUAUGCUCAAUGCAUCACACUAUUCAACAGCUAUUGAUAUGUGGUCAGUUGGGUGCAUAUUGCUUGAGUUGUUGAUCUAUAAGGUAGUUUUUCCAGGUUCGGACUACAUUAACCAAUUGAUCUUAAUAUUUGAAUUAUUGGGAACACCAUCGGAGAAGGACUUGGAAGUUGUUAAAUCCAAGAGAGCCAAGGUAUUCAUCAAGUCACUACCAGUACGUUCAAAAAUCAACUUCUACAACUUUUGUACCAAUCAUCCAUGCAGGCGGAUUAGACAUCAAAAUCGCGACUUGGAAGUGAACCCACUUGCUAUAGACUUGUUGGAAAAAUUGAUGGUGUUUGAUCCUAGUAAACGGUUAACAGCAAAAGAAGCUUUGAAACACCCUUACAUGAGUAACUAUCACGACCCAUUAGAUGAACCAGUUACCUCGCCUAUCCCAAUGGAGGAGUUUGCAUUUGACAUAGAGAAAAAGUAUUUGAAUGUAGAUGACCUCAAGAGAUUGAUUUAUGAUCAAAUCAUGCCAAGCAAAAGAUGA